AUGGAUACGCCUUUGGAUUUACUGAAACUGAACCUCGACGAGAGGGUGUAUAUCAAGCUACGCGGGGCCAGGACCCUGGUGGGAACGCUACAAGCGUUCGACUCGCACUGCAAUAUCGUGCUGAGUGAUGCAGUAGAAACCAUAUACCAAUUGAACAACGAAGAGUUGAGUGAGUCCGAAAGACGAUGCGAGAUGGUAUUCAUCAGAGGAGACACAGUGACUCUGAUCAGCACGCCCAACGAGGAUGACGAUGGUGCGGUGGAGAUAUAA